GACGGAGUAGAAGAAGGGAGGAAAUUCACGAACGAGGAAAGGGACCCAAUGACUUCGAAAGAAUUGAACGAGGAGCCGUAUGAGGUGAAAAUCUCAUGUACAGUUCGGGUUAAGGAUUUACCCGGUGUGAGAUAUCACAUUGUUCGAGGAACCCUAGAUGCUGUCAGAGUAAAGGAUCGUCAACAAGGGUGUUCUAGUGCGUUGUAG